CCUCCUUCCCGCCCCGCCCCUGAGCCUUAGAGGCGGUACCCCAAACCGUCCGGCCUCCGCGACGCCGAGGGCUCUUCCCGGCCUGCCCCGGCCCGGCAAUGGCAGCGGCGGCCGAAAAAACCCCCGCUGUGUUGCGGGUGAAGCGGAAGCGCGGAGUGGAUCCGGCCGAGGCGUUGAUUCUUUCGUGUAAACGACUUCGAAGCGAGACCGGGAGUGAGAGCGAAGCCGGGGCGGAGGCGGGAACGUCGGCGAAGGCUCCGGGAAAGGAACCGGUGGAAGACCAUGUGUUUAAACUGGCGGCUACUUUAUCCUCUCAGAAUGAACCUGUUAAAAAGUGUGUUCAAGAUGCUAUCGCCCGAGAAAGAGCAGCAAGUCUCUUACGCCCAUCUUCUGGAAGUAAGCAAAGAAUCCUGAAGAGUCUUCAAGUCUCCCAAAAGAUCAGCAGGCAAGAACGCCGCUAUCGCCUGGUCUCUCAGCGCCGGCCAUACUGCGUGGAAGAAGAAAUAGCCCAGCUUAGUAUAAGCGAUAGCGGCAAUCCUAAAAAUGAUGAAGAGGAUUCGGAAAAGGCAGAAGAGAAGAAAGAAAAAGAAAGUGAUGUCGCAGGUCCUAGCUCAAGCCAAGAUCAAGAUCAAGAAUUUCAGGUGUUUGACAUAGUUCAUGAAGAAACAGAAGAUUCAGAAGGUGGAGCUGCUGCCUUCAAGAUAUCUGAGCCAGAGACGAUACUUUGCAACUCAAUGAAGAUGCUACGCGAGAGCCUUUUAGCUGCAGAUUCUAAUACAAGGCCACAGGAUGAAGAGGAGGAUUUUGAAUAUGAUAUUUAUUAUAGAAAGACCACAAUUCCAAUCUGGAUUGAUGGUGUCCUUUCAGUCCGCCGAUACAGUGAAGAAUGUGAACUGAUAGAUGAGCAGGAACUGGAGGAAAUAUUUGACGAUGAGGAUGAUGAAAACAGUGAGGACAAUUGGCGCAACGAGUACCCUGAUGAGACCAUUUUUGAAGAUGACGACGACUCAGGCUCUGAUGAAGAGUCUAGAAGUCACAGUGAUGAGGAUGAAGGAAGUACCCAAAAGGAGGCGUGGGAUAAAUACCACGGUGCUGAGCUCAAGGACUGUGACUCAGAUUCUGUCCAAGAGUUGGACCCUGAUUGAUGGCGACCAAGAUCACUUACUAGAGUACUUUCCAGAACGUGUGUGUAUUUUCUCACCAUCCUCCAGAAAAAGUUACAUUUGCUUUUUUCCCUCAUACAUUUGAAGUUAAACAAUUCUUGGAAAAUAAAUAAUUUGAAAAUCAGAA